UUCUUAUAGUGUCGUAUUUUAUGUGAUUAUUAAAAUUAUUACAAAUAUAAGUCGAAAUGGACAUAAUAUUUAGUUAAUGCGAAAUAUUGAUAUUAGUAGUAAUAAAGUAAUUGUAUUGUGUUAAAAUCAAAGAAAACGCCAUGUCUUUAGACAAGGCUACAGAACUAAAAAGCAAUGAGAUCGAUAAAAUCAAACGUCGUCAUAAAACUGACGACACUGUUGUUGCAACAGCGACAAUAAACGGCGGUGAAGAUACAGUGCAAUACACGAAGAUGGAUAACGAUAGUUCGGGAAAACCUACAGAAUUAUGCUUGCAGGCCAACACUCAUUUAAUAUCUAGCACAACCAGCAGUUUGGCCGACACUCCGGGAGAUAGUGGCGUUUUAUGUUUAGAUAGUGAAGCAUCGGAGGGAACAAGCCAGGCUCUUAUGUCGCACAGUCUAAUUGGCGCUGAAGAACUAGCAUGUGAUAGUCAGUAUGAUGCACUACCAUCAUGUUCACAAGAUAUGAUAAAAAGCACUUCUAGUAGUGUCAUGACGCGUAGUGACAUAGACAACCAAAACAUUGGAAUUACCGAUGACAUAGUCCCUGAACUACUUGUAGAAACACAUAUAAAAUCAAAUGCAUAUGAAAAUUUGCCUGAUGUUGUGUUGAAAGCUUUAGAAAGGGAGAAAGUCAGCACUGAGGAAAUAAGGAAGCCUGCAUUAAGGACCAGUGAACCUAAAAAGUCUUUGUCUGAGGAUAUUGUCUAUAGACGCCGAUGUAGAAAAAAGUCCCAAAGUGGACCAAGCUCUCAGAAAAAAAGAGUCUCAUUCCAUGAAGAUAUACUGAAUAAUACAAAAACAGAUAAUAUUCAUAUAGAACGGGGCUUUGUUUCAUAUGGACCUGAUAGUGCAUACUGUGAUAGAUUUAAGCAAAAAAACUAUGCUAUGACAGAUAGAUUUUCAUGGUGUGCAUCUGGAGAUCAAACACCAAAGUAUGCUGCAGAUGUUGCUCAACAAACAAUGUCAGACAUUCUUACUUAUGGAAAUUCUAAAAAUGAUAGGAGUGGUAUAUUUGAAUACUGUCAGGAUUAUGAUCAAGAUAACCAGGAUAAUAUGGAUAAAGACAACAAUAAUGAUACAAGAUCAAAUGCUAAAUUAUAUGGAUGUGACUCAAACAGUUCAGAUUCAAAUUUUAGCUGUGAUUCUGAAACAUCGUCAAGUGACUCUUCUUCUUCUCAUUCAAAUUCAAACAAAACUGAGACAUCCCCAUUACACAGGAAAUGUGAUAAAGCUCAAAAAUCAUAUUCUUGUGAUGGCUUUGAGAAUAAUGGUCAUGUAGCUUUUAUGAGAAAAACAUAUUUUUCUGAGGCUGAUAUUGAUCAGACACAUGAUCGCAUGCAAAUACCUCUUGAGGUAUCUCAAAGCCCUAAUACUGUUAAAUCUGUGUUAAAAAAGAAACGCUACAUUACGACAAAUGUUGUAGAAGAAAGGAAGAAAAACAAUAAAGUUUUGAAGUUGUUAGAUGCAAAUAACUUAAUAGACUCAUUAAAGAAUUUUUACAAAAAUUUUGACUUCAAGUUUACCCCAGAGAAAGGUUUGGCUGAAACUAGUCUGGAACUUAACAAUGUUGUUGAGGCAUUACCAAGUGAUGUUAAUCAGAACAAAAAGCUUCUAAAAAGUUUAGAUUCUGGAUUUCAAUUUGAUGAUGAAGAUGACUUUGUAGAAAUAAAUCUGAAUGGACAGGCAGUUUUAACCGAUAAACCUAAAGAAGUGGCAGCUGCAUCCAAGAAUUCGGUAGCAGGUGAUAAAACUCCAAAUGAAGGAUCUCCCCGUCACAAACUAACACUAAAUAUGAAAAAUCAACUAGAUAAAAAGUCCAUAAACAAAGAUGAUGCAUUCCCAGCAUUGAAUAAGUAUGUUGUUAAUUGUGAGAGCACUGUUUAUGAACACAAAGGGGUAUCCUACAGUUAUGUGCAUGACACUUUCCAAACAGCAUUUGAUGCCCCCAAAGAAACCUUUGUACCCAUACCAGAAUCUACACCAGUUAAAGAAUUAGUCACAAGUACCAGUAAAUCAGACCUUAGCCAAAAACUUAUAGAUGUUGAGACAUCAAGCAAAUCAUCGACUCCGAAGCGACAAUUCAACAAAAAUGUCCAAGAUGAGACAGAACAGAAAAAUGGCAUUUCAAAGCACUUAUCUUCACCUAAAAAGCAGAAUGUUAACAGAUAUAGUCGAAAGUCUGCAUCCACAUUACAAAAAGUUAAUGAUGAAUCUCCACCAGUUAAUAGUGACAACUGUUCAAACACUGAUAACUCAACACUAAAAGGAGCUGAUGAUUUUAAUGAUGAUUUCUUUGAUAGUCCAGCUAACCAAAAGCUACAAACAAACAAAUCUGCUUUAUUAAACAGAUAUCUUAAGAAUGUAUGUCAAAGAAAAGAUCUUGAACUGAAAAUAAGAAAUAAUAAGUUCUUUCAAUUCAAACUUCGAAUGGAGAGAGAGUUUCCUAGUAUCAUAUUUCCUUUUAAAAAUGUGUCUGAUACAUUCCACUUAUCUGCUGAGAGAAUGUCACGUUUAAUAGACAAAGAGGUUAUUGAAAACAAAAGGUUAUCAGUGAGGCUUCUGACUGCAGAUGAGCCAUCAUAUUUUGAUAGCUUUGAGGAUAAUGUAGCAAUUGAGUGCAAUGAGAAACUCAGAUUACAGAUAUUUUCGUAUCCUAUGGAAACUUUGAACAGGAUGAUGAAAGUACAGUCUCCAUAUAAUAUGGAGGAUGGUUCAUGGGUACCCUUACUUGUUUUCAUUACUGACUAUGCACUGUAUGUUGCCAGUGUAAAAAAUGGAGGCACUGAGUAUGAAAUGCUAUGCAGACUACCACAUAAUGAACUGGAUGCUAUUGCUGUGGGUCCAGAAGCUCAAUACAUUCAAGUUAUAGAUAUAGCUGGUAACAUAGCAUGUUCAGUUGUAACUGGCGAGUCUUUUCUCGGCGCUAGGCUUGCUUCCUCAUUAGAGUGGAGCGCGCGUACAUCUCCACUUCGUAUUUCCCGACCGCCCGCCAUGUUGCCACUGACCUACCGUCAACUAACAGCCUCUGUUACAAGACAACGACAUGAAAAACGCAUGCCUCGAAUAUUAUUUUAUGGGCGCGCUUGCUCAGGCGACGCUGGCGAUAGACUAAUCGAAGCACCGGGUGCUUUCGCACCUCCUCUCGAGGGAUAUCUCAUGUGUAGAACAGAUAAGAGCCGGAGAUUUGAACCUUGCUACUUUUUAUUAAGAGCUGGCGUUUUGCACUGGGGUCCACAUUGCUCCGACGGUACCACGCCGCUCCCCAACAAUAUAGCACUCCGCUCCGUGAUUGGAGUACGUCGUCAUCUGGACUCCUCUCGUCGACCACAUUGUUUUGAGAUAGCGCUGGACAAUACGAGAUUGACGCUCGCCGCUCCUGACGACCCCACUGCUUCGUCAUGGCUGCAGUCACUGCUUUUACAUGCCGCUCAGGCACUUGAAGAAAAGGAUGGAGCUAAGAAGAUGGACUCUUUUGUUGGAGGUCCACCACCGGCCUGUACAGUCCUAGUGACUCCGCAUGAGGUUAUUAGUCUUCGAGACACUCUUGAUAUGGCAUUUGUUGAUGGAGCGGCUGGUUACCUUAAGGAGAGAGGGUCAGAAGCGUUACUAAAAGAGUAUAUAGAAGAAAUGAGAACAGAUGUUGAAAUAUUAGCAUGCGGUUCCAUUAAAAAUCUUACUGCAUUCAAAAUACCGGACACUGACGAAAACUGGUGCUGUCUAGAGUGGAGCGUUUGUGAGGCGCGCGAGCGCGGUGCCGGAUUAGCUCUCUUGUUAGCCAGCGGAGCGGAACUAGAGAAGUUCAUCGCCGCCGUCGAGCUCGCUUUUUGUGAUCUCACGAGCGAACCAUUCCCGCUGAGUGUGGUGGAUGCAACUAAAUCAGCGUGCAGCACAGCCAACUCCAAGUACGAAGCGGCCUGGUCACAUAUGUUGCCAGCGCAACAGUAAGCGUAAGAAAUUUACUAGAAAAUCACAACCGAGAGGUAAACAUUACGUGAACGGGAGAUAUACCAUGAUAAUAUUAUUUAAGAGUGGCCGAUAUUUCGAAGAAUCCGUUCUCGGGACGACGUCAAAAUUAUAUACCUUCAAACUCUUAAAUAAUAUUACAUAAUGUGUACAAUCGGAAACAACCGUAAUCAAAAGUUUGAAACGGUGUUUUAUCGAGAAGUAUAUGUCGCGUUACAUCAAGAGAUGUGACCUGUUAUAGGAACACGUGUGAGUGUACAAGAACCUUGUAACAUCAGCGAUUUUGCGGUUGCGUCCGCGAUGGGUUGUUGUAUUGAAAUUAUAGAUUGCUUUAAUACUCCAUCGCGGUAUAGCGUGUUACUACGGUGGAGUGUGUCUGCCAUCGCGUUGAGCUUCCGAAAUACAAACAUUUAGUUGAUCAUCGAUGAAGAUAAAGCUUUAAAAUUACAAUGUGCAACUACGCCGUAUGCCUUUUUGAUACUACCACCUACUGCCAAUCUGAAGUUUGUUUUAAUGCCAAAUCAUCUUGCCACAACGAUAUACAUGAAAUGUCGCCAUAUUGCCGGUGAUUUAGAAGAUACCACAGUGAUGUGCUAAAGUCAAAUAUCAUGUGAUUAUUUUGCUGUGUUUACUGACAUAUACUCAUAUAUUAUGUUCAAGUACAUUACUUUUGAUAUUAUAGGUACUUAAUGUUGUGACUUAUUGAUAUUCUAAAUGUAAUAAGUGAUUCACUACAAUUAUUUAGGUAUAUUUUCACAAUAUAUGUUGCUAAAAGAAAGAUGAGUUAAUAGUAUUAGAUGAUUACUUGAUUUAAUACUAACAAUAUCGGCAGCAUUUAAUGGACGCUGCAUUGGUUGACAAAAUUAAACAUAUUGAUCAUGUUGUUAAAGGUUACACGUUAAGUAAGUAUUAGAUUUACAUAUAUAUCAUGUUAUAGAUGGAGUCUAUUUUGAGAUUCAUGAAUACUUUACACAUUCAAUAAUAAUCAAGCUAUACACAUGUAGGUCACAAUAUUUACUGAACAUGCAGCCAUCACCUAAAAGAAAUGGUAAACCAAUAUGUAUAUCGAUACGUAUCAAUCCCUACCGCAUGCGUGAGAGAGAAUAAGAUGCCGGAUAUCGCUUUCUCGUUCUCUUUUGUAUGCUCAACAAUUUGUUAUCAAUAUAUUCGUUUGCUAUUUCUCUAGGUUACAAAAAAUAGUGUUGCGUGAUUUAAUAACAAAUGUUUAUAUAACCUCGAUUAAAAAUCAUUAAUAUUUCUCGAACCUUGCAGCUGGUUUAUUGAUAGUGCGACGCGGUGUCAUGGCACAACUUAGUUAAAUUAUACAUUAAUCAAAACAAUAAUUAUGCUUCCUCACUUGUAGUUAAUACCCGCGGAAGAACCGCAAUGUAUGUAAUCUUAAAUCUGUUAGAUGUAGACUAGAUAUUUAAUAGUAUAAUACUCAAUCUUCGCUAUAUUUUGUCCUUAUCAUUGCUUAAUAUUGAUGUAAUGUAAUGUAAUAUUAUAAACAUAUACUGAUUAUGGUAUUGAUAUACAAUGAAUGAAUAUUGUAAUUUAAUUAUGAAAUGAAUUUUCCGAUUUUUUUUUGUAUAAUUCGAUAUUUACGUGAAUGAAAUGGUACCAGAAAAAAUAUUUGUAGAUUUUUUAAGAUGAUGUUUAUUUAAUCAAAUUAUAUAUAUAUUUGUAUUGUCCUAUUGUAGUACUGUAGUGCUCUUAAAUCUUUCUUACAUAGGGGAACAGUUACGGCGUGAGCUUAUACGAAGGUGGCGCUAUUCUGGAACUUGACGUGAUAUAAAAGAUCCUUUUCUGUAUUUUGUAUCGGUUUCUGAAAAUGCAAUAUUAUAAUUUGUCGAUACUGAAUUUACAAUUCGAAUAAGAAAUAAAAAAGAUCAAGACAUCAAGUUUCAUAGAAUAAGGCUGAGUUGGAAAGAGAAAGAGUAGAUUUUGUACAUUAGAAUUUGAAGAUUUUUACAUUACGAACCUUUUGUAGCUUUAAUUUUGUUAAAGCUAAUUUUAAUGGUUUGGUUAUUUUCAAAAUUAUCGAUUUUUUAAUGCAAAUCAAAUUUAAUUGUCGGAGUCACAUAAUAAUAAUUUAAAUGUGUAAUAUUUGCGCUUAUAUUUUCCAAUGGUUGUCUCAAUAUGUAAUUUAGCUAUAACCAAAUAUAUCAAUAUACGAUAUCGUUGCAUAUGUAUUAGGUCGUGUAAGGGCCGUGUGAUAUUAAUGUAUAUUAAGGGUAGAUAUUAAUAGUACAGUGACCGUAACUAAGAAAUAUAAUGAGUCGCUAUUAUAAUUAUUUUAAUUUUAUCAUCAAAUAAUUUAUGGCUGAGCAUCAUAAGGAUAUUCUUAGUGAACAUCAUUAAUAUUUGUUAACUGUAUUUACACUUCAAUGAAAGUCAUUUCAAUACAGCAUUAAUGACACAACUUCAUUCAGUGAUGUAUGUUGUAUUUAUACAAUUAUAAUUACAUCGUUAUGUUUCUUAGUUUCAUCGUAAUAGUUUAACACUAACAUAUUUCAACAUUUCAGUGUUUAUCAUAUAGUCAUACGCUCAUUUAUACUUUUAAGUUUUUAAAUAAUAUUUUUAGGUGUCUGUGGAUUUGAUUUCCAAACGGCCUAUGCACUGAGAGCUGUAAUAGCAAUGUUAAGUUGUAAUAUGAAAUGUAAAUCAAUCUUCAACAAUGAGACCGUGUUUUGUAAUGU